GUUGAGUUCAGUUGUGGCACAUCCAUGGCAGCGCGGGUGGCGGACGUGGUCGUGGUUGGCGGCGGUCCGGCCGGGGUGUUCUGCGCGCAAGCCAUCAAGCACCUCGUGCACUGCAAUACUCGUAUCGUCGUGCUCGAGGCGACAAAAGAACUGCUCAAGAAGGUCAAGAUUUCCGGCGGAGGCCGAUGCAACGUCACCCACGCCCGCAACAAGUUUUCCAUCCGUGACCUCGUUCAGCAGUACCCCCGAGGAAACAAGUCGCUGAUGGGUCAGCUGACACGGUUUGGCAUAGACGAGACCCACGCGUGGUUUGAAGACCGCGGCGUCAAGUUGCACACGGAGCCGGACGGUCGAGUGUUUCCCGCCACCAACUCUAGCGCGACGAUCGUCAAUGCUCUCUUGCAUGCAGCCAAAGAUGUGGAAUUUGAAACAAGGACACGCGUGACGGGGCUGACGCAAACGGAAGACGGACGAUUCGAAGUCACCGCAACGCACAAAGCUUCGGACGACGAGCACCGGUGGACCGCGACAAGUGUGGUCAUCGCCGGCGGGUCGUCCGUCCCGCUGUGGUCGCUGGUCAAGUCGUCCUUUGGUAUCGAGAUCGAGCCGCCAGUGCCAUCGUUGUUCACAUUUCAAAUCGACAACGACCCGCGACUUGAAGGCUUGGCUGGAAUCUCAGUGGACCCGGCCCGCGUCACCCUUCCCACGGCCAAGAAGCUCGCGCCAGUGACUGGACCUGUCCUGAUCACACACAAUGGGUUAAGCGGUCCUGCUAUCCUCCGGCAAAGUGCAUUUGCCGCCAUUCCCAUGCAUGCCGCGAACUACAAGAUGCCGGUACAAGUCGACUGGACAGGUGGACGGUGGCGGCUGGAUGAGGUGGUGCAACUGCUCAAAGCCCAGAGGCAAGCCGCUCCCCAGCGAAAUCUCCGGUCGGUGUGUCCGGUCCUCGUCGAUGGCAAGCCUGCCGUGCCCCAGCGACUGUGGAGCCGCCUCGCGCUCGACUCGGACAUUCAAUGGUCGAACGCAUCCAACGAUGUCAUCCAGUCGAUAGCUUCAAACGUCGUGCAGUCGACGUUCCAUACGUCCGGGAAAGCGACGUUCAAGGAGGAGUUUGUGACCGCGGGAGGAGUUCAGCUGAACCAACUCACAAAGAACCUCGAGGCAAAGGCUGUGCCGCGGCUGUACUUUGUCGGGGAAUUUCUCAAUGUGGAUGGGGUCACCGGCGGAUUCAAUUUUACGGGGUGCUGGAGCUCCGCCGUGGCGGUGGCGCACCACAUUGCGUCGGGCUUACGUCAACCUUAACAUUACAACCAUCGACGCGCGUCAAAUGUGCUCAGAGACGUUUGCACACGCCCCUGGGUGAGUUGGGAAAACGCGUGUGUGUAGUGUCCAUAGCACUCACGCACGUCGGAGGCAGCUGCCAUUGCAAAUCCCAGCGCGCCGUUGACGAAACGAUGAACGAGUACGAUGACAAAGUGCUUGGGGAGACAGUGGACGCGCGCAGUCGGUGGAUGCAUCCGAUCGGUCACGGAGGGCGAGUGCCGCAAUGACGCCCCCGUCCUGAAGCUAUGAUAGAGACAUGCGAUGACCAGGCGCCGCCGCUCCCUCCUCGUUCAACGACGACCUCUCGAUUUGGCUCCAAGAAGUUUCCCCAUGUCGAAAGUUGCUGAUGCCGAGUCUGAUUUGGAGAAAAAUGGUAGUUUAACGUAAGGUGAGGUUCAACGUAUACAUUUAACGCAUACCGGUGUUCGGCUGUGC